AUGCAGGAUGCGAGGAACGGUCGCAGGGGAGGUUUGUUGGGUCAUUCACAGUCAAGGCAGUUACCUGUGCAGGAUGAGCCCAAUGAUCAACUAGACCAAUCCACACAGGGUCAGCCUCAGGUUCCUUCACGAUCCACUGGGAGGUCGACACCAGAUCCAGAGGGGUCUACUACUUCAACACAGCAUCGAGCUACACCUCCACCUCCACCGCCACCACCUAUUACCCCAUCUUCUGAGCCUGCAAUUGGAUCAACCUCUGGUCAUGAAGUACCGUUACAUCCAUCUGAGGAAUGUGCUAAGAAGAUGAAGAAUAUCUUCAAGGAGAGGAUGGACCCAGAGGGGCACUAUUGGAAAAUUAUCACGCCUGAAACAAAAGAGUUUUACUGGGAUGAAUUUCAAAAAUACUUUGAUUGGCAAGAGGUGACUCCACUAGUAAAGGAAGCUUGGAGGCGUAAGGCUGCAGAGCGCUAUAAGGCCCUAAUGUGCAAUGUCAGGAAAGGAAAAUCCAAGGUCAUCGUGCCUAAUAGUACAAUGCAAAAAUGGAAGGAGGCAUGGAGUAGCCCAGAGUUUAAAGCUAAGAGCCAUCAGUUCACUGCUAACCGUUGUAGUGAGAUAGGGGGAGUUGGGGCAGGCAUCUCUAGACACACAGGGGGUUCAGUUUCACAUGCUACUCACGCAGAUAGAAUGGAAGCCCAGCUUGGCCGAAGACCUUUUCCUUAUGAACUUUUUCAUAAGACCCACACUAGGAAAGGCACCUCCGAUAUGGUUGAUUCACGAGCGCAAUCAAUUAAGGAUGCAUUUUUGGCGCUUAAGGAGCAGUCGUCUCAACCACAAGAGGGGUGCAGUGACCCUCCUAUUGUAGAUGAGGUCGCACUAUAUUAUCAAGUUAUGGGGGGGGAGAAGAAGAACAGGGUUUAUGGCAUUGGAUCUCAAGCAUCAAUUUUUUACCCUAGCUCAUCACAUGGAUCAUCUUCUACUGCAUCCUAUUGUGCUCAGUCAGAGGCAAUGGAGGAAGAGAUUCAACAAUUGCAUCAGAUUGUUGCAACACUCAAGGAUAGUUUGGUUGCAAUGGAGGAGAGAGAUCGACAACGCGAGUUGAUGCUAGAGGAGAGAUAUAGACAACGUGAGCAGACACUGGAGGAGCGCAUGCAACAAAUGAUGCAAAACAUGAUGGCACAAAUGAUGCGAGUGCAGCUUCUGACCCCAACUCCACAUGCGACUCAUCAAGAUGAUGGUAGAGAGGCUGAUAGUGGUGAUGAGUGA